GGUGCUCCUGCCACUUUAAGGGCCUGGAGCUGGCAGCCUCCAGGUGCCUGAUUGCGGCAGCCAUUUUGAGGCUUAUAUAAACCAGGCAGUUUGGCUGCAGGAGGUCAGGCAGCAACAUUGCCUGGCUUAUGGCUGCUGUGAUUGACUUGGAGAAUAUGAAUAAGAAUAUCAGCUUUAAGCACCAUGAGAUCAUUGUCCAUGAUGCAGCAGGUCUAAAGAACUUUUGGGAAAACAUCAUUGAAAAGCACACAAAGCAACGAGAAGGUGAAGAGACAAGAUUAAACAGGAGUGCCCUAAACAAACUUCGACGCGAAUGGGCCCAGAGGCUGGAAGGACGAAUAAAAAUGCUACAGAACACUGGAGGAGAGCAGAAAGAAGGGAUGGGCCUGCUAUCAUUUGAAACUUUUCACCCCACUCAUAAAACUGCUGCCUAAAGUUACUGUAGAAAGUAUUUGGGCCUGAUCCUGAUCUUAUAUGCACAGCUCUAAACAGAAACACCACUGUCCUGGCUUGAAACUUCCAAGAGAUUUGGAUAAGGUCUGUUGCUUCUCCAGAGUUCAGCUUGCUGUAGGUCAUAGUAAUAGAAUCUAUUGUUUUUCAAUAAUUAUUACAAUUCAACUAAAAGAUAGUAGUGCACGAUCUUUUAAGAAUUAUGCUAUAACAGGCAAGAACCAAGCUCUACUUGUUCUACUGAAUAUAUUAUCAUUAUGAGGCUGUAGGACUUACAGGCAACUCUUUGCAUUUUCAAGUGACAACAAUAUAUUUCUAGGUAAGAGGAUCACUUUUAAUGGGUAUAAGGCACUCAAAUGACUGGAGGUAAAGUUGCACAUUUCCAUUUAUAAAGAUCAUACUGUGCUUGACUUCAUGUGAAUACAACUUAUCCUAGCUACCUUGAGGAGAUGCCAGUGAAGUGAAUUAAGAAUGUCUAUGAUCAGCAAGUUAGAAGUCAGAAAAAACAGAAGCAGGAAAUAAGGAGUGAGCAGUUAGUCAAGUUUUGGGGGGUUUUCUCUCUUUUAAAAAAAGUUUUAAAUAGAAUAAAUGAAACCCUUGUGGGUAAGAUGAGAUCAAGACUCCUGAGGUAAUUAUGAAUUAAUGUGAGGAAGGUUUGAGGUGGUAAGGAAGGAAAUUCUAUUUAUCACAAUAUUCCUGGAAGGCUCUCUAGUAUGUCACUUGCCAGUCCAUGAUAAACUUGUUGCAUUUCCUUUUGUUGCAGGCUAAGUGAAAUGUAGCGGAAAAUGGUUAAAUGCUGAUUAAUGAUGUAUAACAGGAUAUCUACACUUCCCAUUCUUGGAUUAUUUUAUAUGUAUAAAAAUAUGCCUGCAAUUUCAGUUCAUUAUAAUCAACAGCAACGUGCUAGAAAAAUUAACCCUGUACAAGCAGCUAUAUUUCUUAGCAUUACUGAGCCCGUUCCUCCCCUGCCUUGUUUUUUGUCUAGUGCCAGUACAAGAAGGUAUAAACACUGCCAAAUCAGCCUGCUGAUGACCAGAGCUAGUUGAAACUCAAAUUUCUCUUCCACAGGAGAUGCUCACAUUUUUAAAGCAUGUUCAUUCUUACUCCAAACAAAACCACAACAAAAAAAUGUUUCACAAAAUGAAAUGAGUGAUUUUGGUUUGUUUCAUUCCAGUCAAAACAUUCUACCAUCCUUACUCAAACAUAAGAUGAGAUAUUGUCCUCUAAUCAGCAUGGUUAAAAAAAAAAGUGUGCAUAUACUGAGCAGUGCUGAGCUGUGGGGUCACCAUGGCUUGAAACACUGUUGACUCUGCUGGGGCCCAGCCCAGCGAGCUAUAUGGUAAAUCAUGAGCUUUUUGGCUUUGGAGUAAUAUCAUGCAUAGCUUAUAUUGUAUAAGUACAUACAAAAGUGUUGCUUACAUUUGUGUUUAUGGAAUACCAGGGCUAAAAUUUGGUAAGUUUUAAAAAAGGUAACAUGAAUCAAUUCAGGAUGAACUGAAUUAGCACAAGCAUAUUUAUUUCAAAGUCAUUGUUUUCAAAUUUGCCCCUCACUUCCACAUGCUGAGGGAAAGUGGGAUCUGACAGUAAGGGGGGGCAGGGGCAGAAAGGGGCUGCAGAAGGAAGAAAUUAGGGGGUGCAUAGGGCAAAGGGGUCACCCGACUCCCCCAGACUUAUUUUUCCUGCUAUAGCAGUGGGAGAGGGACAAAUUCAAGGCAAACCUAUAAUAAUUAGAUUCUAUACCUGCAAAAAUAUAACAAAUUUAUACAUUUUCCAUAUAUAGAAUAUAAUUAUUGAGGGUCAUCUUAUAUUUGAGUAAAAAUGGUAUUUCAUUAAAACUUAGAAAUUUUAUAUUGAUGUAAACCUUUUUGUAUUAGGUUAUAAACAGUUCAAAACAAACAAACCAAAAUGCUCUAAUUUCUUUCCAAACCAAAAAAUCUAGGUUGUAGCCAUAUUGGUCUAGAAGAGAAAGCAAUCAGGAUUUGUGAUAAAGGUGAUAUCUUUUAUUAGACCAACUAGAUUUUUGUAAAAAAAUUCUUUAAUUACAAGCUUUUGGGCACAAAAACCCUUCAUCAGGCAUCAGAGGAAAGAUUGUAAAAGUUCUCCUGGGUACAUGAACCUGGACACCAUGAACUCCUGGGUAAUAUGAACUUUCAUUUCUACCCAGGAGAACUUUAACAAUCUUUUCUCCGAUUACUGAUGAAGGGUGUUUGUACCUGAAAGCCUGCAAUUAAAGAAAUGUUUUUGCAAAAAUCUAAUUGGUCUAAUAAAAGGUAUCACCUCUACCAUGCGUCCUGGCUGCUCAAACCAAAAAAUAACAUUUUUUAUGGGGAAAUUUGAUCAGAAAAUCUGAUUAGUUCUAGUGACUUGAACCUUGUUUUCCACACCAGUAAUUGCCCACAGAGUAAAUGCACCACAGAUUCAGGCUUAUACCCCCACCACUUUAUUUAUUUGUUUGUUUUCAAUAUAUAGGCAAAAUAUACAUAUAUAUGUUACAGCUGAAUGCUUUUCAGUGAAACAACGGAUUUAAAAAUCUCCACUGUGCUGAAUUGUA